AUGUCGCGGAUAUCUCCCUUUGGACGGGCUGUCGGCCAACUGGCGACUCCCAAUGUCUCGUCAAACACUUGCAGAUCUUGUCAACUACAACUAGGCGCCGCUUCGCAACAACGUCAAUUGCAGACCUCCGCUGUCCGACCCGCCAUCGCCGACCGCUUCAAGGCCCUCAUCAGCGGCAAAAAGAAGGACAAGGAUACCACCAAACUCUCUAAACCUGCCUCCGACAAGUUCACACCACGGAAGGCCGACUUUCCAGGAUGGACUCUACCAUUGAAGAAAAGAUUGCCAGGAGGGUGGGCUGAGACACCGCAAGAGGACAAGACAUACGUUAUGGCAACCCAGGGCAAGGAUUUGGAACACGUAGGAAGCGACAAGUGGCUCGAGCAGCAGUUUGACGACAAGCCAAAGUACAAGGGGUGGAAGAAAGUGCACAACAGCAACGGAAUGACAUCCAAGGAUGCUGAAGGUAGAAUCCUCAAGGCCGCGACGGAGGCCGGCCUCAAGGUGGAGUCAGCUGGCUUGGAUUUCGUGAUCGACCCGAAGGAGAAGUUCAAGUUCACCAAGGUUUUGCGAGCAUCGACAAAGAUGCAGAUUCCAGAUAUCGUCAUGCACAGAGCAACGACGCUCAAGGACUUCCAGCAAGCUAUCCUCACCAAGCCCAAGCCUAAGAAGCUGUCUUUCGCCCUUCUCGCCAAUGAAGAGCUCAUGGCAAACCGCAACAUCCAGGUUCGCGGGGGUCGUCAAACGCCAGUUCACAAGGACAGAGCCGUUGGCAGGUGGAAGCUGAUCGAGAACGAGCUGGUCAACAGAGGCCUACCUGUAUUUGGACAUGGAAUCAAGGCCGACAGGGGCUUCAAGGCUGGAGAAGUCGACGAAGUCAAGACCGCAUAG